GCUCCCAAGCAGAGCGGAACUGAGCCCAGCAGAGCAGAGCAGAGGAGGUUAGGAGCCGGGUGUUUGGAAACGUCUGUGCGGCAGCUUAGCGGAAGAUGUGAGUGCGGCGGCCAGAGGGUGUCAGAAGCCGGUUCCAAGUACGUUUGCCGGAGGGCGUCGUUUGAAGUUGAGCCCACAGAGGAGAUGCUGCGGCCCGAGGACUCGUCCUGGAGCAUUUCGUUCGCCGGCUGCGGGUUUCUGGGCAUCUACCAUGUCGGAGUGGCCAGCUGCUUGUGCGAGCAUGCCCCGCAGCUGGUGCACAACGCCAGCAACAUCUACGGGGCAUCGGCCGGCGCGCUGACAGCCUGUAGCUUGGUCAGCAAAGCCUGUCUCGGAGAAGUUGGUGCAAAUAUUAUUCAUGUUGCUAAAGAAGCACGCAAGAGAUUUCUGGGCCCACUGCACCCUUCCUUUAACAUGGUGAAGAUUAUCCGUAGCCGACUUUUCAGGGGGCUUCCAGACAAUGCGCAUCAGCUAGCAACAGGUCGACUGGGCAUUUCAUUGACCCGUGUGUCUGAUGGAGAGAAUGUAUUGGUGACUGUGUUCAACAAUAAAGAGGAGCUUGUACAGGCCUGCAUAUGCAGCACAUUUAUUCCUGUGUACUGUGGACUAAUACCACCAACACUGCAAGGAGUGAGAUAUGUUGAUGGAGGAAUUACAGAUAACUUACCUCAGUAUGAACUGAAAAACACAAUUACAGUGUCUCCCUUUGCUGGAGAGAGUGACAUCUGCCCUCGGGAUUGCUCCAGCAAUAUGCAUGAGUUGAGAAUAACGAAUACCAGCAUCCAGCUCAACCUGCAGAACAUGUACCGUCUUUCCAAGGCUUUAUUUCCUCCUGACCCCGAGGUGAUGCGGGAUAUGUGCAAGCAAGGAUACGGUGAUGCCCUUGACUUCCUCAAAAGGAAUGGUUUGUUAAACAGGCCACAGCCUUUGUGCAGCUCACCCCUGUCUGCUCCGAAUCAGUGCGAUACAUUUGCUGAUGAUGAAGACUUCGACGAAGAAGCAGCAAUAGAAACAGCAGAGGGAAAUCAAAUAGGAGUACGAGGAUGUUUCAGUAAGAACAAUGACCAGAUUCUGGAGCACUUGUCACCACGGCUUCACCAAGCACUAAUCGAAGCCUGUGCUGAGAAACGAGGUUUACACACCGUCUUUUCAAACUUGCUGCCAGUCCGUUUGGUUUCUGCCAUGAUGGUGCCGUAUACUUUGCCCCUGGAAUCUGCAGUUUCAUUCACCAUAAGAAUCCUGGAGUGGUUACCUGAUCUCCCAGAAGACAUUGACUGGAUGAAAGAUCAGAUCGCCAAUGUGUUGUGGUACUUCGUCACAAAUGCCAAGGUGAAACUAGGACAACAUCUUUCCACAAGGCUGCAGUAUGAUAUGAGGCUACAAAGGACCCAGAGUCUUUUCGUACUACCGGCGCCUUCCGCCAGCUCUGUCCGGCAGUGGGUCCGAAGCAAUACUUCGGUGAUGGAUCUCAUUGUGAAAUGUGAACAGUACCAACGCCACCUGUGGCCCAGCAUGCCCCUUGUGAAUUGGAAACCUCAGGGUUCCUUCUGCCAGCAGGAUCUUGAUCAUGGUUUACUAAUGAAACCAACCUUAUGAACCAAAUUUGACGAUUAGAAAGGGCACACUUCCAUACAGAGCACCUCUUCCUUUAAGUGUCAUGUUAUCAGCAAGCUUUACACACAUCUUGAACAGUUUCUUCUUUUGUAUCAAUCAAUGUCCCUCAUGGAAAUAGCCAGUUUGAAAACCUGUGGAAUUGGACGAACCACUCAUGAAGCCAAGCCACUAAUCAAGCAACUUCCAGCAGAACAAGUUAUUUUCAGUAAACUCUUUCUGCAGAAUGUUAGUCCGUUUGCUGCAAUGCAGAUGGGAUAUCCAGUUCAGUACUGUGAUAUUGUGAUAUUUUUCAUUUAAUAUCAUUCUUUUGAAAUAUGAAUUGAAACUUUACCAAGCUUCACUUUUAAGUAUUUAACUAAGAACUUAGUUUGGUAAAAAUAAAUUUUGAUGAGCACUCAGUCGAAGUAAUGGAGCUGAAUUUUAGCUGGUGAUUUGAAUCUCCAAAUGGAAUAGAUAGUUCUCAAACUGAAGAAAUCAACAGUGAAACUCCCAAGAAAAUUUAAUCUCAUUUUUAAAAAUUCUCUAAGUGGAGGUGCCAUAUUUACAAAAUUCUUUCUAGAUGGAGGUGCCAUAUUUACAAAAUUAUUAGUUUCUACUGAAGUUGCUAACUGGAAAUUAUGUAAUCAUUUUCAUACCUCAUCAUUGAACACACAGGAUCAGUGCAACACCUCUAUGCCAGAUUAAUGCAAUUUUACGCUACUUCUUUUUGUACAUUUUAUUUGGAAUUACUCCUGAAGAGUAUUUAAAAUGCUAUUCUUUUGUUUAAAGUCUUGCUAUUUUUGAACCUGCUGAAUGUAUUUGGUGCUAAAAAUUUUGCUGUUUCAAAAAAAGUUUAGCUGUUUGUAUUUAAAAGUUGUUUCAAUAUGAUUUGUUGUAAUAUACUUUGAUCACUCAAUUCAUAUAUCAAAUUACAGUUUAUUUUUAAGGUUAUUUUGUUUUGAAACUGCAAUUUUGACAUUUUAAGACUCCCCAAUAUUAUCUAUGUCCUUUAGCUUUUUGGGAUAUAACCUCUGAAUUUCCAUGCUUGUGGAGUCAUAUAACUCAUUACUUGUAGUAUAAAAGCUAUAUUAACAGUCGAAAUCCAUAUAAGAAUUUCCCUUCUGCUUCCAGACAGCCAAGACGAACUAGAGGCUACCUACUCAUUGUUUGAUUAACAGAUAGUUUAGGGCAUUGAGGUAGGUGUAAGGUUUUUUUUAAAAAAAAAAGGCAUUUCUUGGAAGUUUAUUUUAGAAUUGAGUGUGUUGUUAGUUGGGCAGUCGUGAGUAAAAUGGCAAUAUGGUUUGAACUGCCUGUUAUUCAGAAAUUGGACAUUUAUUGGUCUUGAUUAAUGGGUGCAAUAGCUAGUGUGGAUUUUGUGUUGCCACCUGCGAUUAAUUUCUGACUUGUGAUGUUGUUUCUUUCAAACUUUAACACAUCCGUUAUCAUUGACCAUUGCAACUCAACGGGCAGUUUUAGGAAGGCAGCAUUCCAGUCAGCUCCCUUCUGAGAAGCUAUUCUAUCAUUUUUUAAUCAUCUUUGUGUAAAAAGUGCAGAGAGCCUAGAGGUGUCUUUUAAGCAUGCUAUAAUUUUUUUUAUUAAUUCAUAUUUGUGGCACUAUUGACCAGCAAUUCAUCCCUGGUCAGUAGUAGUCAGGUGUAGCCUCUGAAAUUCAAUACUUUUUGUGGACUUUCAAAACCAAAGUAACACAUUGACAAGGGAUGAAUUGCUAGAUAUUUUAUAGAUAUGUUUCCCAUCUAGAACUAUAGAGAAUCCAGUGUCAGUUAAUAUCCUGAUGCAGUUAUUAACAUUCCUUUUUGGUUUAUUGGAUAGGUGGAACAAGAAAGUGAUGGACAGUUACAUAAUACAUAAUGUAACUAUCCUCCUUUCUGCUUUAGGUCUUUUUCAAUAUAUUACUGAGGGAGUUGACCAGUGGCUUGUUGUAAAGCCCUUUGCUCCAUGGAGUUGUGACAGAGUAGCCUUAAGUUUCUCCCCUCUACCAUUUUAAAUUGUUGCUUUGAACUUUUUAACUAAUUGUGUCAGAAGAUAAAAGUACAGCCAAAUCUGAUUGUACAAACUCAGUGACAUAAUCGAGGUGAAUCUGGCCAUCCCAUUUUGGUAUGUGUCUGAAUGGCAAUGGACUUGUCAUAUUACUAACAUGGACCAAUGACUUUGAUAUCUCCCAUGGUACAUUAUACUGAAGACUAGAACACUUACCAAUUCAAGCAAGGAAGACAUCUCUGCCAUGGUGAAAAAUAGAUAUAAUACCAUGUAAAUAUUAUGAAGUAAAAUACUGUACCUGUGUACUCUAUUAGAAUUUCAAGAGGUUAAUUAUGUUAUGCUGAAAUUAAUUUUGAGAAUAUUGUAUAGGAUGUACAUAGCCUUUAUUCUAAAAGAUAAAGAUUCCACAAAGUUAUGGUCAAUUUUAUUUUUCUGAAAAGGGGAUUGAUUUGUUAUUUAAACAAAUUGUACUUAUUUAACUAAGAUUGUAUUAUUUUUGAAGUUAGUAUUUAAAGUUCCAAUUAUAGAUUAUAUAUUGAGGUGCAGAGCGAAUAAGAGAGAUUGUAAUUUGGAAAAGAUUAAGCAGAGUUAUGUUGGAGAGAUAGGGUUCACUAGGAUUCUACAAUUCCUUGGCACUUCAUGGGAAACUACAUGUGAAUGAAUGAAGUCAAAUGGAAGACAAUAUAAGUGAAAUUCCCACAGGCGAAUUUCAGAGGAGCGUCACUGGACAGGAAUUGCUUGUUGAAAGCCUGACUUCUUUUGCCUUCCUGAGGUUAUUUGAAGUACUGCAAAUAUAUUACCUGUCUAGCUAAAUUGAUGUUUGCCACAAAUUGGUCCCUUUGGUCCUUAGCUCUAUCUUAUCUAUGUGUAUAAAAUCUCUAAGUCAGAAUCAAUUAUCAGCAAACAGUCUAAUUCCUUUUACCAUUUCUUUAAAGUUUAACAUUUCAACUUGCUUGAUUGCAAAACUCUGGUAGAAAAUAACACAUAACCAUAGUUAGCGUAAGCCUACUCGGGGAGUCUGUGGUGGGUGAUCUUCUUGCCUUCAAAUGUGUUCUUAGUAGGCUGAUUAAAAGUUGAAAACUUCAGGCAGAAGUCAGAGAAGGGACAUUGCUACUUCCAUCAACAUUAUAAUCCUAGCCAUCUUCUGUGUCAUACUGGUUUGUAAGAUUGUCUUAAGAUACAUUCUUGUUCUGCCAAUUAUCUGACUGAAAACAAUAUAAACCUCAAAUUUUCAUUUUGUUUUUAUGUCAGACAAUGAUUUGUAUUGUAAAAUUUGAUUCAUGAUUGCAAUUAUUGUUGCCUAUAAGCUGAUACAAAAUCACCAUGCAGUGACAAAGAUUUUCUCUGAGAUCAGACUGCUUAAAGUUAUUUAAUGUUUUCCAAAGCUCAAUUUGCUAUACAAUUAUAACUGGUUCUGUAUCUUUGUGUAAGGAAUAACUCUAGAUAAUAAAUAUAUAAUAUCAAGUGCACUUGCUAAGAGCGUUUCUCCACGAAGAGACACUUGUUUUUAAAUUUGUAACACCGAGUUUAGCUCCAUAAUGUAUGAAGGGUGUAGCAUUCAGUAGGAUUUUAUUUUGAAUAUUUCCAUAUUCUCACACAAAUUCAUCCAGGAAAUUCCACAGAAUUACUGGCAAAAUCUGGGUGAUUAGGUUAACUGAAUUUAUAUCUACAGAGAAAUGAUCAAAAUAAUGGUAGGACUUAUUCAAAUAAACAGGGGAAAUACUUUUAUCCAGGGAAUGGCAACAACACACAAGUUAGCAGUUAGUAAAAGAAAUUGUUCUAUGCAGAAAUGCCAAGACAGUGAUGGAAAUAAAAUUUAUGGUAAUGGAUAGAAAUGAAUAGGUAUUUGAAAAGGCAAAAGGAAAGAUGGGUUUGAGAUAGUAGAUUGGCAAGGAUUUGAUGGGGCGGAAGCACUGGUCUGUGAAAAAUAGAUGAAUCUACUAGGACUGUUUUUAUAAUGUUCAAGAACUUGUCUACAUUAUGAUGAUUUGUUAUACAUACUCUGUAUGUAGGAUUAGAUUGUUCUUCACCCUGUGGCUGUGCAGAUCCCAACGUUUUUUAUACUCGGGCAACCCACAUAAAAGUUGCUGGUGAACGCAGCAGGCCAGGCAGCAUCUGUAGGAAGAGGCACAGUCAACGUUUCGGGUGGAGACCCUUCGUCAGGACUAACUGAAAGAAGAGCUAGUAAGAGAUUUUUAUACUCAUUUGAUUUUUCCAUGGAGUAAAAGUUGGGGGAAGAUUUGUUAAGAGUAUGUUUUCUGCACUACCAACUUACACUUGCGUCAGUGAAGACAAAACUGUUGCCUAAUUUCUUGAGGACUUGCCAUCUCUUUAAAGUGGAAGAGAGCUACGUGAAAUUUUGCUAAAUUGGUAUUGACAAAUCCUUAUGGUUCAGAGAGCUAAAGUCAUGUUUUUUUUUUCUGUCCUCAGCCCCCAGUUCUAAUACACCAUUUAAAUAACUCAAUAUUACCUAGAUUAACUGGCCCAGAUUUUCAUAAUGCAGUCUGACUUGGGUUGGAUGUAAGAAACUGAUCCCAAUGGCCCUCUGCAUCCUUGCUUAGAUGGCAAGGCUUAUACCACGUUGGGUCUUGGGUGGGAUAGCACUGAAAUCUCAAGCCUGGAAAGUCGCAACAUGUUUUGGGGAGAAAACCGUGAUUUGCGGAAGGUGUCAUUGAUUCAAAUGGUAAAGCAGUAAGUAAAGAAAAAUGAAAAUAAUUGAAAUAAUCUAAAAUAUAAAGCCAAGUAAAUGGGGUAGGAGAGGAAGGUGGGAAAAAUACCUUCCCUUUUGUCUCUUCCCCUAAUGCAAGCCCAGUAACUCCAGUGAGACCUCCAAUCCGACACCAGGUCUACCUUAUGCAGGAUCUGAGAGGUGAUUUGCCCAUGUCCCCAACAAGAAUGGCCUCCUUUCUUGGACUCCAUGCAGUUUGCCAGACCCUCUCUCUGCCACCCAUCCCCACCACCUCCAGUCUCUCUGCAAGUUCAAGGCCCAUUGCAUCUACAUUUGACUCUGGAACUUGGUUCCAUCUGAAUGGAAAAAUUGAACUGGUUUGCAAGGGAAUUGCUGACCUCAAUCAGCAAGAAUAUCUGACAACAACACUUAGUUUAAGCCAUGUUGUUAAGAUCAAAAGACGAUCCUACGUUAAGGCUAAUACACCCUUUUCUAAUUAUGACAUCUGUAACAACUUGCAUUCAUAUAGUGACUUUCAAAUCAUAGAACGUUCCAAACUUGCCAGGAGCAAUUAUCAGCCAGUGUUUAAUAUUGAGUCACAAAGAUGUGAACAGAUCUUGGUCAAAUGUGUAUGUUUUUAAUUGCAUCUCUAAAUAUGAGAUCCAGACAUGGUAUUCCAGUGUCAGAGGCUUGCACUGAAAUGGAGAUGUGCACGAUGCUAAAGUAGGAGGAAUAUUGGCUUCAAAGGGCAAGAUAGCCAAAGCAAGAGAGGGAUUUGAAUAAAGAUGAGAAUUUUAAAAUUGAGCUAUUGCCGGAUGAGGACAGCAUAUAAGUGGGUGAACAGGGAAAUGAUAGGUGAACGGACUGUGCAAGUUAGGGUACGGAUCAUGUUUUGGAUGUGUUCAAAUUUGUGCAGGGUGUAAACCAGGAGAGCAUUGGAAUAGUGAAGUCUAGGGAAACAAGGUUACGGAUGAGGAAUUCUGUAAGCAGGUGAAGUGCGAAGGGUUUGGAAAGAGAAUUGGAUGAAGUCAGAUGUUAAGACGGUAUUUGGUUUGGCUAGGGAGAAGGUUUGUGUCAGUGGUGAAGAUUUAAGGCUAGUGAUGGAGCCAGAAGAAGAUGGGUGGUCUGUCCAAAGUUUAAUGGGAGAAAGCUUCUGCUCAUUUGAUAUUGCAUGUUGAACAGGUUUUCUAAUGAUUUAUGAAGUAAAUUUUUUUUACCCGUUUAUUGGUGUGAGGCAUACAGUGCAGUCUGUCUACACCGUAUUUCCACUUCUGUCUUCUGCAUUCAGUUAUUGAAGUUAUUGGUAAAGUUUGCAAUGUAAAAAGAAGCUGUUGAUGAGUGCUAGACUAAUGCAUUCUUGGUUGGAAAUAACAGUAGCCAAGUGGGAGGUUAUGAAACAAAUGAUGAAACAUUCAUUGACUAUGAAGCUAAAAGCUGCAGUGAGAAGGUUUUUGGAAGAAAGCUGAACUCUUUGUGGUUGGUUAUAGUAAUUUUUAUGGAGAAGGAUUGUAUUCUAGCAAAAAUUUGUCCCAUGAACACCAACACUAGAGGCCAUGUGGUCAUUAUCUCAUUGGGACCUUGACAAGUGCGAAUUGUCCAUUACGGUGCUCAACACCAGAAAUUACUGACUGUGCUUCAAAGUACUUUUAAUUGGGACUUCCUGAAACUGAGAAUUGCUAUAUAAAAUGCAAGCUUGUUUGUCAGUUGUCAGAAGCUGCUUAAGAAGCAAACGAAGGUGUCUUAAUAUAAUAAUUGAGGGGGAUGACUUGUUUUGAGAAAAUUCCUUUGUAAUGUCUUGACUGAGGUAGGUAAAAGUAAUGCAUUUUAGUUCUUACUAUGUUGGGCCUGCAGUCCUGAAGAAAAGCAUACCCUUUUCCCUUCUGGUUUUGUCCAGUUUUAAGCCACUAUUUCUUAAGGUUAGUUGGCUCUUUGUUUGCAGAUUGCAUGUAAAUAAUGAACAGCACUGCUUUGGUAGUCAAUAAACAAUUGUGUAAGGUAUUUCGUAUGUAGGGUUUUAAGCAUGUUAGAACUUGUCAGCCAUUGUGAGACUUAUCUUGCAGAUUACCACCAUGUUAGAAAGCAGUAAACAAUCCUAAUGGACAUCACUUACCAGCUUCCUCCUUCCCUUCUAUAAAGACACUUGACUUCUGGUGGAAUAGUUUCCACAAUAUGUAUUGUCAUAAAAUAUUUUGGUCUUCUGAGGCCAUGGAUCCAAGUAAAAUCCAUUUCUGAUCCUGCCCAUACAUUUCCAAACACUCAUGCCUUUUCACUACCAAAUAAAUAGAGGUAGUAAUUGAAAGCAAGAAUUCUAGUGACUUUCUUUUAAACUCUCCCCUGAAUAUCAGCCCUGAGUUUGAAAAUGUCUCUCUGGUUGAGAGAAUAGGACUUAAACACAGAGUGAUGGCCUGUAUGCCUUUCUAUCACUUGGCAGCUGCACUAUCUACAAGGCCAUCAGGGGGAGUUUAACUUCUGUUAUCUGCAUUGAUUUUUGAACGUGGCAUAGCUCUGAAUCUGAACUAACACUUUUCAUUGUUCUUGCACUGCUGUGUUGUAAUACUCAGUCUUUUAACUUAUGAGUUAAUUAAUAAAAAUAUUACAUUUA